CACAAGUCAAAACCUGUCCAGAAGAUCAAGCAGCUGAUGCGAUUAUGCUGCACUUGCGGAGUUCCAUGGCGAGACGAGCCCAGCGAUCGCGUUCCGUGGGAGGAGGUCGUGGACUCGAUCGCUGGCAAAGUUCGGGCGCAGACCGUUUGGAAGGCGGUAGUGGACGACCGAACAGGCAAGGUCUACUACUGGAACACGAUCACCGACGAGACUGUCUGGAGUCGACCGCCUGAGCUGCUCCGCGUCAGCCGGUCACUGGAGACCUCGAUCAAAUCUGUGCGGAACAUGCGAGGCUACAUUACUCCUAUAGAGGGCAGCACCAACAUCACAGACGAGCGAUACUCCCUGGACGAGACGCCGCAGAGUGUGCUCCCUCGGUGCGCGAAGUUGCUGGGGAUGAAGCACGGAGUGCUGGCGGUGAGGAAGGGCUCCAAGGGCUCCUACGUGUGGGACUCCCGAGAUCCAGGAAGGAUCCUGGUGGUGCCGGCGCUCCAGGUGCCUGUGGUCGAUCCUACAGGAGCAGGCAACGCGUACAGCGCAGCCUUCGGCGUGAACCUCUCGAGGCUCCUGCGGAGGCGCCGACUGUCCCGGAGCAUGGCCAUAAUGAUCAGUGCAUGCCGGGCCACUGCCACAGGUGGAGCCUUCGUGGCGAGCAAGGGGAUGCCGGUGGUUAAGAAGUCGACCCAGGAGUGGCUGGAAAGAGAAGCGCGAUCUCUGCUGGCUCGAGUGUUCUAUAUUAAAGUUUGACACGGCGCU